AAUUAGACAGACCGAAAUUCACCCGUAACUUGAGUGCCGCAACGUCAAAAUCUGUCAGCCAAUAAAAUCUCUUUGUUUUAAACAAGUAAAAUCCCGUAAAACAAGUGCAUCAAUAUUGCUCACAAAAGAAAUCAGAUGAUUAUGUUCAAAUCUAUUUUUCAAUUACUUGAGCAUAACUUGUAUUUUUUGGCUCAGUAAAGGCCGCUCUAAAACUAUCAAUUGUCGUAGUUGAGAUCAUAAAUAAAUAUUUUACGUGUCUUGGUUAUAUACGACCAUUUAAAAGGCACUAUACAGUUUAAAACAGCAUAAAUUGCUAAUUUUCAACAUUUAUCAUUGUUCUUCUCGAAUAAUUUUCUUUUUUCUAAUCAAAACAAGCAACUUAAUUUUCAGUACAAUUACCAACUUGAACAUAAAUCGGCAAAUCGGCUAAAUUACAGUUUUGAGAGUAAAACUCAUUAUCCGGGCUAUUAACUGGUUAAACUAUUAAUAAUCAACCAGUUAUGCAGAAUAUUAUAAAUCAAAAUCACGCUCAGCUGUCGCCCUCGAGUCGUGAAUCUCACCUUCGUCAUGACUCGUCCAAUGAAUUACUGGUCGGAAAACCUCCCCCGGGAUUCCCCUACAACCACCCAGACUUCCCCCAACACGGCUCCGCCGACUUUCCCUACAAUUUGGGGGGACUUUCCCAACAUCAGACAUCCACGAUUCAACAUCACCCGAGCCCCCAUCAGUCGUCGGGGGGUUUCAAUCCCUACAUGCAAAUGGCGGCAGCUUCUGGACAUCCGGGGAACCCUCAUAACCCGCAGAACCCGUUUCAUCAUGCCCAUCCGAAUCCAAUGAUGAACUACGCUAUGGCCGUAGCAAACCAGGACCCGUCGUUCCUGCAGCAUCACUACAGAUCACAUGCACAAGCAGCAGCCGCAGCUGGUUUUCCAGGGUACCUGGCGUCCCAGAUGUACCCACAGCAAUCUGGGAGUCCUCAGGGUCCGAAUCCCUACUCAGGCGCUGCUGGAGCUUUCGCCAACCAGAAUGGUCUGGGACGAGGAGCCACAUUGACAUACGGGUCACCCCCGCCGCCGAAUCAUAUGUUGGAUCACAGUCCAAGAGGCGAUCAAGUUCUUCCAGGUGAGAAAGAUUUGGAGCUGGGAGACUCUCCGAAGAGCCAGCAGCAACAUCAAGCAGCCCAUGUGUUGGGGGGACUAGGAGUGGGCAUGACGGGUGGUGUGGGAGGGGGAGGAGUGGAGGCGGCGCUUACCAAGGGGGGCAAGAAGAUGAGGAAGCCGAGAACAAUAUACUCCACAAUACAGAUCCAGCAGCUCACGCGUCGCUUCCAGAGAACUCAGUACCUGGCCCUUCCGGAGAGAGCGGAAUUGGCCGCAGCCUUAGGACUCACCCAAACCCAGGUCAAAAUUUGGUUCCAAAACAAGCGAUCCAAAAUGAAGAAACUCAUGAAGGGAAACCCGAACGCCAGAAUUGAUAUGAAUUUCGACGCUCUCUCGCCCGAUGCGAAAGAUGAGGAGGAGGGAGACGACUUAAACGAGACGGACGAACACCCGAUCGACCACAACACUACUGCAAAUGACGUCAUCGACGCCACCAUAGCUCACUCGGGGGCCAACCAGAUCGCGCCAAAUGUCACAAUGCCAAACCUAGUUCUCACUGGACAACCUAUGAGUCACCAGACAUCUGUAGCUCCUCCGGGUCAGCCUCAGUCACCUUGGAACAUGACUAUGCCUCACAUGGGACCGAAUCACGGAUCCCACCAGAACCCAAACCAACAUCAUCAAGCCACAGGUCAUCACGUGUCUCCUCACUCAAUGGGUUACCUAGACGGAGCAAACAUCGUGGAAAUGAUAGCGAACUCUCGUGCGACAAUGGAAGCAGGAGGGGCUCCUCAUAUCAAAGUCGAGAUGCCUCCGGGACUAGACAUGACGCAACAGGGUGUCGUCGCGAUGCAACAUCACCUCGGAAUCCGACCGAACAUCAUGCACGCAAACCCGAAUAAUCAAAACCCCGAUUGGUACCAUGCAAAAGGGGGACUACCAGCUCACCUCUUACCAACCGGGCAUAAUUUAGCUCUGUGAUUCUGAAAGCUGAAAGUGACUUAAUAAAACUUCGGACAAAGCUCAAUUCGAGUAAAAAAACUUCUCAAUAUUUUGACAUUUUGAAAGGUUAACUUACUCAAUAUUUUGACAUUGCGAGCAUUAUCUCACUAUCCAUUCUCUUUUUAUAUAACUUCGGAAAGCUAAAAUACUGACAAAAUGACCAAGAAAGUAUAAUUUUCUUGAAGAGAUCUAAAUCUUCUGAUUGUUAUUUUUUUGAGACAGCUUACAAACUGUUUUGAGGGCCAAUCAUUUAUUUUGAUCAUUCACGGCGCUAAUAUUAAUGUUUUAGUAUCGGUUCUUUAUUUAUUGUUCUAACCGAUAAGUUAUUAAAUGAUUGACUAAUAAUUGCCGUAAUUAUGUCUUUGAAAAGUAUAUUGUAGUCACUUGUCGAUUGGUUGAAGCGGUUUCCACACAUUAAUUGCAUUUGCGUUCACCUGUUUGGCCUUAAUUAAAUUGUUAAUUGA